UUUUUAUGGUAACUACUAUUGAAUAUGAAGAGUCAGAGAACGAAUGGCAUAUUUCUUUUGAACAUGAUUCUACUAAAGACAAUGAAGAAACAUGGUUUAAGGAACAACUAUUUCAGCAAUUUUCCAAUGUACUUUUAAUUACAGCAGUUGAAUAUGAAAGCCCAAAGAACGAAAUGGAAAAAAUCUACUGUGAAAAUAUUAAAAUCAAAUCAGUCAUAGCUAACCAACCUAUUAUCAAAGAAGGAUCUUAA